GAUAUCCAUCCAGCCCAUUAAAUGCUCCAAAAUGAGAAUGCAUCACAACACAUCCACUCCCGCGGUAGGACUCAUCUCACCGCGCAUUCCCAAAUUCCCCAAACCCUACACCCCAUUUCUUCUCCGCUUCAAUCAAUCUCAAUCCCUUUCUUCUCGCUCAGGGAGGCAUAGAAUUGUUUUGCGUGUUGAGAAUCAUUGUUCUGCUAUGGCUCAGCAGAUAGGAGCAUCUGUUGAUGCAUCCAAUGAGGCUCAAGGGUUGAACAGGAAUCUCUAUGCAACUAUAGAGCCUUACAGUUCAGGGUAUCUGAAAGUAUCUGAUCUUCAUACUUUGUACUGGGAGCAGUCUGGAAAUCCAAGUGGGCAUGUCUCUAUUGUGGUUGUUUUGGCUGUCUGUAUCUUAUGUGUGGCAGCCUGUUGUUUUUCUUCAUGGGGGGCCAGGGGCUGGUACGUCAGCCAAUAAUAGACGGUUCUUUGAUCCUGAGUUUUACAGAAUUAUUUUAUUUGACCAGCGAGGGGCUGGUAAAAGUACUCCCCAUGCCUGCUUAGAGGAGAACACGACCUGGGACUUGGUAGAUGACAUUGAAAAGCUAAGAGAACACUUGGGGAUUUCAGAAUGGCAGGUAUUCGGGGGUUCAUGGGGAAGCACACUGGCUCUUGCAUAUAGUCAAUCACACCCUGACAAGGUAACUGGAAUUGUUCUUAGAGGAAUUUUCUUGCUGAGGAAGAAAGAGCUUGAUUGGUUUUAUGAGGGCGGUGCUGCAGCUAUUUUCCCAGAUGCAUGGGAGCCAUUUAGAGAUUUCAUUCCUGAAAACGAAAGAGGCAGCUUAAUCAAAGCAUACCACAAGAGAUUGAAUUCAGAUGAUAUGCAAACCAAGCUCAUGGCUGCUAAGAUAUGGACUACAUGGGAACUAAUGACUGCUCAUCUUAUUCCUAAUGAAGCAAACAUCAAGAAGGGUGAAGAUGAUACAUUCAACUUGGCAUUUGCCAGAAUUGAGAACCAUUAUUUUGUGAACAAAGGUUUUCUGCCUGCUGACUCAUACCUUGUGAGCAAUAUUGACAAGAUACGGCAUAUUAAAACUGUAAUUGUGCAGGGACGAUAUGAUGUUUGCUGUCCAAUGAUGUCUGCCUGGGAUCUUCAUAAAGAAUGGCCAGAGGCAGAAUUCAAGGUAGUCCCUGAUGCAGGGCAUUCAGCCAAUGAAGUUGGAAUCGCUGCAGAACUUGUGGCAGCCAAUGAGAAACUUAAGAACAUCUUAAAAUCAGGUGGCAUUUGAGACUUCUAGUUCUUUGCAUGUUUAACCAGAACAAAGGUUGGUGUUGCUCUUGGUGAUGAUUAUGCUUAAUAAUGAGCAAGGUGAAUUUAUGUUAAAAGGCAAAAAAUGGUAAUGAAAAAAAUACUUCCAAUUUUCUGGAGCAUUUCAGAGAGUUGGUUUUUGGAUUUGAUGACAACAUGAUUUCAUGCUUCCAUGUCUUAAAUUAUGGUGUUUCAUCUCAGGUUCAAAAUAACUCAGAUAGCCGACCAUCAUAGAUACACCACACCAGUUAAAAGUAUCAUCCCUCAUCCAAGUAUUAGUUCAGAGGUUUAGGGCAGCAAGUUUCAUAUUCAUGUUAUGACUAAGCAAAUAGUGAUGCAUUCUUUAUCAGUUCUUUGUGGGCAUUUGUAUUCCAAAUAUUACAUGAUGAAUUCCCUCAACCAUACAUUGUGAAUUUUUUUGUUUUUUGAAGUUGACGUUUGAGUCAUUUUGUUAAGGCUAGCCAAACAAUUCAGGCCAGUAUUCAUUAAUUCAUAUAUCAUCAGUUGGAUUUC